CCGAGUGCGCUCGUUUUCACGCAUGACAUUUCCUCUUCCGACUAAUUUAGGUGACAGAAGGAGAAGCAAAAAAAAAAAAGAAAGCCAACAACAACAAGGCAAGUCGUACAAAGGUUGGUUGCCCUCCCGCCCCCAUCUCUCACCCCCCCUCCACCCUAUCGAGCGUUUAUUACCGCCUACUCCUCCACAUGCAUCCGAGCGCUGGGCCCCGGCGGACCGGCUCCAGCCAUGUCGGCGAGCGAGGCAGCGGCGGCCGGCGGUGACGGAGCCCCCGGGGGAGAGACAGGAGAUGCGUUGGAGGAGGGUCUCCAGAGCCGCUCUGUCUCUGCUUCCAGUCUGGUGACCCCCAUUUCAGCUGCUGCCAUGGCAUCGGGCAUGGAGCUGCCCAGGAAACGAAAGGGCAGCACCGACAAGGAAACAAAAUCAGUAUCAGUGCUGGAUGAAGACAUGGAGGAUGAACAGGAAAGGUCAGAAGGGGAUGACCCACAUGUGAAAAUGAAGUGUUUCAGGGAACCUCACAGCCAAAUUGAGAAAAGGCGACGGGACAAGAUGAAUAACCUGAUCGACGAGCUGUCAGCCAUGAUUCCCACGUGUAACCCCAUGUCCCGCAAGCUCGACAAACUCACUGUGCUGCGCAUGGCUGUGCAACACCUCAAGUCACUCAAAGGUGCCACUAGUUCCUUUGCCGAAGCCAACUACAAGCCUUCGUUCCUUCCGGAUGAUGAGCUCAAGCACCUUGUUCUCAGGGCUGCGGAUGGAUUCCUGUUUGUGGUUGGAUGUGACCGAGGGAAGAUAGUAUUUGUUUCAGAAUCUGUUUCAAAGAUUUUAAACUAUACUCGGCCAGAGCUGAUUGGCCAGAGUUUGUUUGACUAUGUUCAUCCAAAGGACAUAGGAAAAGUAAAGGAGCAGCUCUCAGCGUCUGAACUCUACCCUCGGGAACGGCUUAUAGACGCCAAAACGGGACUCCAGGUCCAAGCUGAUCUGCCUGUAGGAGCCACUCGACUCUGUUCAGGAGCUCGGCGUUCUUUUUUCUGUCGAAUGAAGUGCAACAAAGUUGCUGUUAAAGAAGAAAAAGACUUCCAGCCCAGCUCAUCAAAAAAAAAAGAAUCGCAGCGUUAUUGCACAGUUCACUGCACCGGCUAUAUGCGCACUUGGCCCACCAGUCAGCUCGGAGCAGAGGGUGAGGCCGAGGCCGAAAAGGAGAGCUCGCACUUCAGCUGCCUUGUAGCCGUGGGCCGCGUGCACCCUCAUACCCUCCCGCAGGCCAACGGAGAGGUCAAGGUCAAGCCCACAGAGUUCAUCACUCGCUGUGCCAUGGAUGGCAAAUUCACAUUUGUGGAUCAACGAGCCACCACCAUACUUGGAUAUCUACCACAGGAGCUUCUAGGCACAUCCUGCUAUGAAUACUUUCAUCAAGACGACUUGCCUCAUUUAGCAGACAGACACCGAAAAGUGUUAAGAAGUAAAGAGAAGAUCGAGACAAAUUGCUACAAGUUCAAAACAAAAUAUGGCUCUUUUGUCACCUUGCAAAGUCAGUGGUUUAGUUUUAUAAAUCCCUGGACCAAAGAAGUGGAAUAUAUAGUGUCAACAAACACAGUCAUAUCUGAUAAGAGCACUUCCAGUGGAUCACGAGACAAGUCAGAACACCCCAUAGAUUCCAAAGCUUCUGAAGAGGAUGCAAAAAAAUCCCUUCCCAUCAUCCCAGGCAUCUCGAAUGCUUCAGGGACCAUGAUUUAUGCUGGUAGCAUCGGAACACAAAUAGCUAAUGAGCUACUGGAUUUUAAUAGGAUGAAUUCUUCCCCGUCUAGUGGCAAUGUCAGCCCUUUCAGCCUGCUGCAGGACAAAUCUCCACUGGUUCUCUCUCAAGCCAGCAGCAAUGUGCCAAAUGGGGAGGUGACAGAAACGCACGUGCCCAGCAAAUCGAGCUCGGAGGAAGACUCGCGUACUGGAUCCUUUACUGGAAGUGAAAAUGUCAUGGAGGGACCGUCGCAGUUAGAUCUGGAAGGAGUCCCAGGGCUGGGAAGUCUAAGCAGCGACGAGGCAGCUAUGGCAGUCAUAAUGAGCCUGUUGGAAACUGAUGCCAACCUAGGAGAGGGCGUGAACUUUGACGAGAUGCGCUGGUCUCUCUAACGUCCCAGCUCCAAUGUCUUUCCUUGAUUUUAAUGAUUUUUGUCUUUUUUUUUUUUUUUUAAAGACCAGUUUCUUCGGGGAUGUUUUUUAAGCACAUUUUUGUCACUGAGCCCAAGAUCAUGAGUGCAAGUGAGGGGUAUGCAGGGGUGCAGCAAAAGACACUUGCAAUGUCUCUUGGGUCAGUGGUUCCCAACCCUGGUCCUGGAGGACCCCCUGCCCUGCACAUUUUUGUGUUUUCCCUGCUCUACCACACACACACUUCUAUUCAGUACAGCCUGUUUAAUAGUUAAUUAGUUAAUAUAGCUGAGGAAAUAUUAAAACGCACCAAACAGGGGGUCCUGUAGGACCAGGGUCGUGAACCAUUGUCUUGGAUUAUACCCUUUAUUUGUGUUCCCUAUGUACAUCUUCCAGAUGAAUGAAGAGGAGAAGGGUGUGUAUGUAAAGAAACUGCGUACCAUAAGCAAUGACCAUAUUUUUAUUGGUCUUCGGCUGUGAGGACAAUAAUUGACUGGGUUAAGGGGAGCAUGUCUCAUCAAGCCAUAAAUGUGUUCCCAGAUAGUUAGCUUUUAAUUUACUAAACGUGAUGGUUUUAGAAGGAAUUUAAAUAUUAAAAAUUUUCAGGACCCUGUAUCCCAAAAAAAGGGAAACCCAGAUUGCCAGAAGUGAUAUUUUAAACAACAAGCAUCAUGGAGAUCAAAAAUAUUUUUUUGAGCUCUGUAUCGUACAGAAGCACUGAAAUGCAAGUUGUAAAAAAAUAUUCAAGUGCCAUGUCAUUAUUUUAAUAAUAUCUCAUUAUUUCUCAUUAUUUAAUGUUAAGUAUAUUAGCCCACAAUCUAUAAAUUAGAUUUAAUAAAUGCAAUAAGUAAGUUUAGGUCUCCUAAUUUGACAAGCGCAAUUCCAAGAGUCCUGAUGUGAGUAUAACAGCAGACCACUUGUAUAUCGCUUUCACUGGAUGCAUCACUGUGUUCGCUACCUGAAAAUAUAAAUCACAAUGGGUGUGAUAUUUAGUAUAAUUAAAC